GACUCCGUGCGCGCCUAAUCCCCUGGUGCUCUUGGCUUCGCUGGACUGGGCUGGUUCUUCUCGUGGGAUUCGCCAACAUCGACUCCGGGAUCUCAACUUACAAUGGACUCUGGCUCUAGGACCUGAAAGAUUUCGCCCGGGAGUCGGGCCUGGAUGUCGUCUACUCCGAGACGAACCGCAACGGCAGCAACGAAGGGUAUGAUGCAACCCCGCCUGAUCUGUACCGGGCCCUACGCGCUGACCAUCACUCUAUCUAGCUUUGUCGAGUUUGAAACCGCCGCCGACCUUCGGGCUGCGGUCGAGAAGCUGGACGGUCGCGAGUUCAAGAACUGCCGCGUGACCUGUGUUGCCAAUACUCAGCCUGAGCCUCCCAGAGGCGAGCGCGGCCGUUCUCGGUCUCCGCGUCGGUUUUACAACCCGCGCCCGAUAGAUGACUAUGACCGCCGCCCAGGCCCUCCGCGUGGAUAUAGCCCCCACCGCGAUGGUUACCGGGAUGGCUACCGGGAUGGCUACCGUGAGCGCACCCCGCCCCUUCGUCGGGACUAUUAUGAUGACAGGAGGGGAGGCUACCGUUCGCCGCCCCCGCGCCGCGGACCGCCGCCGAUGGACGACUAUCCGCCCCCGCGCGGUCGCUAUGACGACCCCUACCGGCCCCCUCGGGACUACCCGCCCGACCCCUACAUGAACGGGCGCGGCCCCUAUGAUCGCCGCCCUCCGCCGCCGGACUUCCCGCCCCGGGAUCCCUACCUGCGCGAGCCGUACCCUCGCGAGUAUGAGCGCCGCUACUAGGACUGGGAACGGGUACCUCCACUGAGUGGCCUCGGGCCGCGAUUGAGAUGACGCCGGGCUGAUGAUGAAAGCUUUCCUCGAUUUUUCUGUUUCAUUAGGCUGGCUGUCUUUGCACGAAAAACGCCUGGAGCUAUGGGUCGGGCUCUCUGCGUGUCUUAUCCCUUUUUGUCGAUGCAUUUCUCUUGCACUUUUCCUUGUCCCCCUUUUCUUAUCUAGGCCCUUUGCAGCCUGCACCCCCAAUGUUCCUCUGACGGUUCGGACUCGUUCUUUCUGUAGGCGCUGGGUCGAAGGUCUUGACUUGGGAAGAGUUAUGAUGUACGAUGUGGUAGCCACCAGGGACCGAAGGCGCCCCGGGGCUAGAGAGUUCAUGCCGUGCACGCCGUGUAUCGCAUGUACCGAAUGAUCGCAAAAGUCGUCAAACCAUAGGAGGCUGAUGUCUGUUUCGAAGCUUGUCAAACGUCCUUCCCUUUCUGUGCAUGCAUAUUUUCUUCAGGUUCUGAGCCUGCGCGCCAGAGCAGGGUUUGUUAUGCUAUGUGCUUUGCUUCGUGAUCAGGUGAAGGUGUGCUCCGUCCGUGUCGUUGAUGAGAGAUCCAGCUGCGUGCGCCCUUGAUGUUUGCGAUUUCUUAGAAAUAAAGCAGCUAGCUGAGUGAGGGACCCUCUAGGCAAUAUUAGCAUGCAGUACGGUUUGAAGAUUACGGUACCUCCGUCGUCAGAAUGUAACUGAAUGCUGUUUGGCUUUACAGUCAAUGAAAAAGAAAUUCAAAGCUAAGAUGUGUUGAAG